AGUGUCAGUAGAGAGACCGGGGGGGACGGGUAGCUGCCAGCUUGCUGGUGUAAUAAAAAAAUAAUUCAGCUCUCCAGAAAUACCGAAAGACGACCAAGUUUUUUUUGCACAGAAUGCGUCCGUGAUUCGACGUCUUAUCUCCAAGAUUCUGUUAAAAAAGAAAAAUCCAAGCCAGAAAAGAAAGCUUCGCUGUUUUGCUUUAUUCCUGGAGAGCUUAAUUCACCUCGUAUUCAACAUGAUCGGGAGAGGACUGCUUAUUCUCACUAUUUUGUCCAACUGCGUUCUGUCAUUGCCGGUGACUUCAAGUCAGCUGGAGAAUGAGGACGUAGAGGUGAUGAAAUGCAUUGUUGAGGCAUUGGCGGAUGUACUAUCAAGACCGAAGAAAGUUCCUGUCAGUCAGGAAUGUCUAGACACCCUGAAAACUGAUGAGAAGCUCCUCACUAUCCUCCGUCAUCAUAACUUUCUAAAAGAGCUGCAGAAGAUUGCUGCUCAAGGUGAUCAAGAGAGGACUCAGCCGCAGAGAUACGUUGAUAAACCAGCUCCAACCAGGCAAUCUCUCCAUACUACAGCUGAUGGCGCUGAUCGAUCCAUGUUGGAAGCUUUGGGAGGCCCCGGCGAGCGAUCCAUCCUAUCCCAGAGGAAAAGGGCAGGAGAGAGCGGAGAAGAGAAAGAUGAAACCAGGGAAGAGUCACGGGAGGACAGUGAAGCUAAAGAGGAGCAUGUGAGGAGGGAUGAAGAUGAGACACCUACAGAGGCUGAAGAUGUUGAUGCUGGAACAACAAGCUCAGAGGAGAAUUCAGAAGAGGAAAAUGAAAUGGAGGAUAAGAAAGGUGAUCCUUCUGAUAAAAAGAGAUCUUCAUCCAAAGACAACCAGGAGCAAAAGAUGGGGGAGACAGGAGAGAAGGAGAAAAGCGACAAAAGGUCUGAGUUCUUCUCACAGAAACAUGAUGUCAAGGCAGAGGAUGAAAAGCGGGAAUACAAGGGUGUAAAACGAGGGAGAGGGGAAAGCCUAAAUCACUUGACCCAGAGGGCCAAGAAGAAAGCUGGAAAAGAGGAAGCCCCUCAGCCUGACAGCCAGAAGCAAACAUCUCUCCAUUCAAAAGAAGAGGAGACGGAGCAGAAGAAGAAGAAAAGAGAUCCAGAGAGAAGUCCAGAGGAGAGAGAGUUACAAAUGAUAGCUAGGGGGACACCAGAGGAGAGGGAGGUGAUGGAGGAAGAAGGAAGCGCCACCAGAAAGUCAGAGGAGCCUGAGAUUGAAAGCCUGGCUGCCAUCGAGACGGAGCUUGAAAAUGUUGCCCAAAAACUGCACCAGCUGGGGCGAGGCUAAUCAGGAGAGUGGCUCAAACUCCGACAGCCUUAGCCUUCCUCCUCCUCCUGCGCUUCACCAGACGUCUGGCUUUUUUAUAGAGCGUGCAAAUGUAUGACAAGGUUUUAUCUGUCAAUGUUUCUCCUCUAAGAUGCUGCUCUGCUUCUUUGUUUUGUUUUUUUUGACAUUGUUUUUUUUUCUCUCACAUAGAGUUGCACACAGCAUAGAGCCACAUACUAACACCACAUAGGGUAUGCAUUCUCAUGUGCAAACAACAUUGCAAAGGCAAAUUCCUUAUGAUAUAUUUACGUUUAAUGGCAGUCAUCUGUUCAUCCUGCACAUGCAUCUUGUCUGCUUGUCAGAUUAAAAAUGAUUGAUGUGAAAGACUGGCACUAAUUCAGGUAGGAUAAAGGCUGAGGUUCUACACUAAAGCUUUGUUUAAGUAUAUAUAUGUCUAUUUCUGGGAUAAUUUGCUUAACAAGAAAAAAAAAAAAAAAAGGAACACACAAAUUGUUCCAUAUUGUGAUAAAUCGCUAACCACAAUCAAGCCAAGGCAAUAAGUUUAGAUUUUUAGCAGAUAAUUGACUGAGUUGUAUUCUAACACUGUAAUGGAUUUCUCUAAGAA